UUGAUUUCUGAACUUAAAUUUCCGUGACAUUUGAUCAUUUCACGCCAUCUCCCAUUCAAUUCCCAAAACAUGGAUAGCCAAAAAUCAAUUCUCGUAACCCUAUUCAUCAUCAUUGUAGCAGUAAAUUCAAACAAUAUUGUACAUGUCAAUGCCGCAGGUUCAACUUCGGCAAAUCCUAAUAGUUUAUCAUCAUGUAUGGAUCUUUUGAUGAAUAAUAUGGUUUCUUGUAUUACAUUUAUAAGCCAAGGUAGUACCGAUUUAAAACCCGACCCGAGUUGUUGUUCGGGUUUGAAAGUUGUAUUAGACACCAAUGAUGAAUGUUUGUGUGAAGCAUUGAAUAGUGGUGGAAGUUUGGGAAUUCAAAUUGAUCCUGGACGUGCUGCAUCUCUUCCUUCUGCUUGUAAUGUCAAAGCUCCUCCCGUUAGCAAAUGUAACGGACCACCAAGUUCCUCUCCAUCACCACCUAGUUCUUCUUCAUCUCCAUCACCACCUAGUUCUUCUUCAUCUCCACCACCACCUAGUUCCUCUUCACCACCACCUAUUGAGCAACAUGACCCUAACAAGCACAACGUGACUACACCAACGGCACAACCUAAACCACCACCACCACCCCCCACACCAAAAACGGCGCCAUCACCUUCGCCUCCCAUCAACUCACCGAAAACGGGGCCAUCGUCUUCGCCAUCCGCCUCAUCAACAUUAGGACCAUCAUCUCCACCACCCACCACACCAACAACAGGGGCACCACCACCUUCACCACCCGCCUCGUCGACAACGGGGCCGUCUCCAUCAUCUUCAUCACUAGCACCCUCAAAAAUACCACCAAUGGGGUCAUCCUCGCCUUUACCACAAACACCUAUUGCGACAACAUUGGUGCCAUUGCCUUCGCCAGCAAGCGACGAAACACCAAGUACAAGCCCGGCACAUUCAUCUUCAUCAUCAUCGGUGUCCAUUAUCAUCCCUUAUGUUAUGAUUGCUUCAUGCAAUAUAUUUCUCCAUUUCUUUGCAUAGGAAUGUAAUAAGCAUGUACCAAGUGCAAGAUUAUAUCUCAAUUUAGGCUUUCGUGUUUUGUGGCUUUAUCACUCAAGUGAGUGUUGGGGAAUGGGAAUUACCUUAUUAUUGUAUAGUAUGAUAAAAUAUAAUAAAAGUUAUGUUUAUUUAUUG